AUGUUCCACCACCUGACGGAUCAGACGGUGAACGGCAGCUGUCUGCUGGGAGCCGGCUCGGAGUGCAACCAGAGCGCAGACGGAGACGCGCUCCAGUUGCCCACUUUCUCCACGGCGGCCAAAGUCAGAGUCAUCAUCACCUUCGCGCUGUGCGCGGUGUCGGCCGUGUGCAACCUGGUCGUGCUGUGGGCCGCCGGCAAAGGGGGCAAGCGCAAGUCUCACGUCAGGAUCCUCAUCAUGAACCUGACGGUGGCCGACCUGCUGGUGACUUUCAUCGUGAUGCCCGUGGACGCAGCGUGGAACAUCACGGUGCAGUGGCAGGCGGGGGACGUCGCCUGCAGGCUGCUGAUGUUCAUGAAACUGGUGGCCAUGUACUCCUGCGCUUUUGUGACGGUGGUCAUAAGCCUGGACAGACAGUCGGCCAUCCUCAAUCCUUUGGGAAUCAGCGAGGCCAAACGGAAAAGCAAAAUCAUGUUGACUGUGGCCUGGACGAUGAGCGUGGUCCUCUCGCUCCCUCAGAUGUUUAUAUUUCACAACGUGACCAUCACAGUCCCGGAGAACUUCACCCAGUGCACCACCCAUGGCAGCUUCGUCCAGCGCUGGCAGGAGACCCUCUACAACAUGUUCACGUUUGUGUGCCUCUUCCUCCUGCCUCUGGUCAUCAUGGUUUUCUGCUACACGCGCAUCCUCGUUGAGAUAUCCAGCCGCAUGGCUCGUGGUAACAUGAUGUCUAAAGAUAUUCAUCUUCGACGCUCACACAACAAUAUCCCCAGAGCUCGCAUGAGGACUCUUAAGAUGAGUAUCGUGAUUGUCACCUCAUUCAUCAUCUGCUGGACGCCGUACUACCUGCUCGGCCUGUGGUAUUGGUUGUUUCCUGAAAAAAUGGAGGAGACAGUCUCUCAUUCACUCACUCAUAUGUUAUUUAUUUUUGGCCUCUUCAAUGCAUGUCUCGACCCCAUCACCUAUGGUUUGUUCACGGUUCACCUUAAUCACGGUUUAAGGAGAUGCCGGCAUAUGUCGCAACCACGCACCGAAUUAGAAAAUAACUCUUGUCUCAUGCAAAUGUCUUGCUUGUCGUCUCAAAGGCAGAUCGAACCAGGUGUCCUCAGCAAGCACGCAGAAGGGGCGAUUGACAACAGCAGCACGAAAAAUACCUCCAGCCCAAGCAUUUCAGUCAGCAGGAUAUAA